GUGAUAUUUAUUUUCGUUGCUGUCAGUGUAUUCCUGGAAAGUAAGAAAAUGGGAUAUCUCAUGAACUACUGGAGUUCAUAUAUUAUAGUUUUGUACUAGUUAACAAAGCCUGAAAAAGAAAACAAGGAAAAUUAUACACUCAAAAUCCACACAGCCAUCAUGUACGGGGUAUUGGGCGCACUUGACGGUCGGGCGCCUAUGCAGCCAAGGCCAAUCCAGAAGAAAAAGGCGCCGCCACGAAGGCAUCGUUGCAAAAAGUGCGGCUCUUGGUGUCUGGACGUGUGCGACAGAACAAAAACGUCCCUCCUGGUUCUUGGCGCCACUCUGGGUCUUCCCGCUUUCUACAUGACCCUUUUCCUUCUCCUGAGCCCCGGCCUGUCUACACUGGCGGCGCACUUCCACCCCGCCAUCUGCACCGUCGCCUCCUCCGUGGUCUUGGAGGGAAACAAAAACUGUACAUGGAGUUCCUGCCGCCAAGGUUGCACCGCCGUGGAGAUGUUCAGGUGUUGGCAGGUGUUUGUCAUCGCACAGGUGGCCCACGAGAACCAGACCUCAGGGAAUGGUAGUGAGCUGGUGAAGGAUAAGGAAAGUAUGACUGAGGAGGAUGAGGGGAAGGCAAAGGGAAAGGACAAGACUGAGGAGUACCAAACCGAAAGACGCCAAGAAGCCACAAACGAACUCUCCAUCACCAACAUGGAUAUCUUGCUUCUGAAGGAGACCGGGACGCUGACGAGGCUGCAAGUGAACGUUGAAGGGUGCGGCUACCUGUCCUGCGAGGCGUGGUGGGAGCGGCACGGGCGUCUGGGCAGCACCUACGCCUGCUACCUGAGUGCUGACGGCCGCGUUGCUGUCCCUGAUGUCAACCUGAAGGCGGCGGCGACCAAGGUAGUGCUGGGAAUGCUGCCUUUGAUUCUGAUGACGGUGGCCAUUGUUGUUCUCUCCAUCCUAUACUGCCCCAAGAAGAGGAUCCGCAGCCACAAAUCACAUCAGAAUGGGUUUCAACUCCAUAAUGAGCAACAAGGGAGAUUCCACCUCAACAAUAGGCAGCAGAAGCGAAUCCAGCCCUUCAAACACACACAUGGGGCCAAGUGGGAACAAGCGCGCGACCUUAUUCUCCACCAGACUGGCAGAAAACUUGGGAAACCUCUGAAGUUUGACCCCAUCCUCGUGAAAGCCGCCCUGGCCAAGACGCACUGCCAGGUAGCGCCCAGUGACCUAGAGAAGGACUGAAAGAAGAAGAAAAGGACUAACAACACAAUGAAGGCAGUUAUAGCGACUAGAAAGUAGGUCAAGAGAACGGGAAGAAGGAGGACUGAUGUAUUGUAUAAGUGAAGACAGACGAAGAUGACGGGAAGAAAAAAGACUGAUAGAGAUGGAGUUGGUUAGGAUCUAGAAACCUGGCCAAGAAGAAGAGUAGCUGACUGACUAAGAUGGAACCAGGUAGUCUAGAAACCUGGCCAAAAAACAAAAGAAAAUGAGGGACUGGCUGACUUAGAAGGCGGAGUUAGGAAGAGCCGAAAAACUCUCCCUGUAGGACGGAAAGGAUAAAGAACUGUCAUCUAUACACUGUUCAGAAUUGCUUCGAAAAUUAGUAUAAA